CGCGGGAAGCGGCGGGGCGGGGGCCGAGGGUCCCGGGGUAAGCGCCGCAGGAGCCGCGGUUUCCUCCAUCAUGGAGAAGCGGGAGACGUUCGUGCGAGCAGUGUCCAAGGAGCUCGUCGGAGAAUUUCUGCAGUUUGUUCAACUGGAUAAAGAUGCUUCUGACCCUUUCAGCCUCUCUGAGUUGCUGGACGAGCUGUCAAGGAAGCAGAAGGAAGAGCUCUGGCAGAGGCUCCGGGGCCUGCUGACCGCGGUGCUGCUCGAGAGCCCGGUGGACGGCUGGCCGGAGGCGGCCCCGGGGGAGAGCGACGUGGAAACAGAGCACACGUUCAAAACGAAAAAUAACAUAGAGAUAAUUUAUGCAAUUACCUCUGUGAUCCUUGCCUCUGUGUCUGUGAUAAACGAGAGUGAGAACUAUGAGGCCUUACUGGAAUGCGCCGUCAUUUUAAACGGGAUUUUGUAUGCAUUGCCUGCGUCUGAGCGGAAGCUGCGGAGUUCUAUUCAGGACUUGUGUGUCACGUGGUGGGACAGAGGCCUGCCUGCCAAAGAGGACAUGGGGAAGACUGCGUUUGUCAUGCUGCUGAGGCGGAGCCUUGAGACAAAAACAGGUGCAGACAUAUGCCGGCUGUGGCGCCUUCACCAGGCCUUGUAUUGCUUUGAUUAUGAUCUGGAGGAAAGCAGGGAGAUCAAAGACAUGCUGCUCGAGUGCUUCAUUAGCAUCAGUUACAUCAAGAAAGAGGAGGGAAGAAGAUUUCUUAGUUCUCUCUUCAAUUGGAAUGUAAAUUUCAUCAAAAUGAUCCAUGGCACAAUUAAGAACCAGUUACAGGGACUGCAGAAGUCUUUGAUGGGACACAUUGCAGAAAUUUAUUUCAGAGCUUGGAAAAAGGCUUCAGGGGACAUACUGGAGACCAUCGAGAACACCUGCCUCCAGGACCUCAUGUUCCACGGGAUCCACCUGCAGCGGAGGUCGCCGGUGCACGCCAAAGUGCGCGAGGUGCUGAGCUACUUCCACCACCAGAAGACGGUGCGGCAGGGCGUCGAGGGGAUGCUGCACCGACUCUACCAGCCCAUCCUCUGGCGGGGCCUGAAGGCCCGGAACUCGGAGGUACGGUCCAACGCCGCACUGCUGUUCAUCGAGGCCUUCCCUGUCAGAGACCCAAGCUUCAGUGCCGCCGACAUGGACAGCGAGAUCCAGAAGCAGUUCGAGGAGCUCUAUGGCCUUUUAGAGGACCCUUACCCGGUGGUGCGUUCCACGGGGGUCCUCGGCGUUUGCAAAAUAACGUCCAAGUACUGGGAGAUGAUGCCUCCGACCAUCCUCAUCGACCUCCUCAAGAAAGUGACCGGAGAGCUGGCCUUCGACACCAGCUCCGCCGACGUGCGCUGCUCCGUGUUCAAGUGCCUGCCAAUUGUUCUGGAUAACAAGUUAAGCCACCCGCUGCUGGAGCAGCUCCUGCCAGCGCUGAAGUACAGUCUCCAUGACAACUCGGAGAAAGUGAGGGUGGCCUUCGUGGACAUGCUGCUGAAGGUCAAGGCUGUGCGGGCUGCCAAGUUCUGGAAGGUCUGCCCUAUGGAGCACAUCCUGGUGCGUCUGGAGUCGGACUCCAGGCCCGUGUGCCGGCGCCUGGUGAGCCUCAUCUUCAACUCCUUCCUGCCGGUGAACCAGCCCGAGGAGGUGUGGUGUGAGCGCUGCGUUGCACUGCUGCAGAUGAACCCCGCGGCCGCCAGGAGGUUCUACCAGCAUGCCCACGAGCACACGGCCUGCACCAAUGUCGCUAAGCUGAUUCACGUGAUCCGCCACUGCCUAAACGCCUGCGUCCGGAGGGCGCUGAUGGAGCACCACGAGGACGAGGAGGAGCGGGAGAAGGAGAACGUAAGCGUUCUGGACAAGACACUGUCAGUCAGUGAUGUCGCUUCCAUGGCUGGCUUGUUGGAAAUUGUUGUGAUUCUCUGGAAAAGUAUUCACAGAAGUAUGGAAAAUAACAAAGAGGCCAAAGUUUACACCAUCAACAAGUUUGCCUCCGUGCUGCCUGAGUACCUGAGAGUGUUCACGGAUGACCGCUGCAAGACGCCCUUGUUCAUGCUCAUGUCCUUCAUGCCCGCCUCUGCCGUGCCGGCCUUCAGCGGGGGUGUGAUGUCCACGCUGAGGGACCAAGAGGAGGGCGCUGCAGACAGGGCAUCCUGCACCCUGCUGGACUGCCUGUGCUCCUGGGGACACGUGGGGCGUGUACUGGAGCUCCUGUGCGACUGGCUGCCCGGAGAGCAGCCCCCCGGAAAGGGCAAUUCCGUGUCGAAGCGCAGAGCCAGCGCCCAGGACACUGGCCCGGUGAAGCCCGAACUGGCGCUGGUGUACCUGGAGUACCUGCUCACGCACCCGAGAAACCGGGAGUGCCUGCUCUCGGCUCCCCGCAAGAAGCUGAACCAGCUUUUGAAAGCACUGGAAACGUCGAAGGCGGAUUUGGAGUCGAUUUUGCAGUCCCUGGAGGGGAAGCCUCACGCCUUCAGUGAAGCCACCGCACUGCGAGCCUUCAGCCUCCAUUGCCGGCUGAGCAUUCACCUUCAGCACAAGUUCUGCUCCGAGGGGAAUGUGUACCUGUCCACUCUGGAAGACACGGGCUUCUGGUUAGAGAACAAAAUCUUGCCAUUUAUCCAAGACCAAGACGAAGAGUACCUGAAGCUCCAUAGAGUCGUUUACCAGCAAACCAUCCAGACCUACCUGACCGUGUGUAAAGAUGUGAUUAUGGUCGGCCUCGGCGAUUACAGGUUCCAGAUCCAGCUUUUACAGCGGAGUCUUGGGGUCAUGCAGACAGUGAAAGGAUUUUUUUAUGUCACGUUGCUUCUGGGCAUCCUGAAGGAGGUGACUGGCAGUUCCUUGAUCCAGAAGACAGAUUCUGACGGAGACGUUGCAGUGCUGUUCGAUACUGUCCAGAAAGUAUUUCAGAAGAUGCUGGAGUGCAUGGCCUGGAGUUUCCGGAAGCAGCCAGAAGAAGGCCUGCGGCUCCUGUAUUCUGUCCAGACCCCGCUUCACGAGUUCAUCACCACCGUCCAGUCGUGGCACGUGGACACGCCGGUCCACAGGGGCGUGCUCUCCACACUGAUCGCGGCGUCCGUGGUGGAGAUCAGCCACCGACUGCGCAAGGUUUCUGAUGUCGACGAGCUGUCUCCCCCGGAUGCCCUGGCGGGGCUGCCGCCGUUCUCCAGGUGCCUGGUGGGCAUCGUCAUCAAGUCCCCGAGUGUGGUCAGGUCAUUUCUGGAUGAGUUGAAGGCGUGUGUGACUUCGGACGACAUUGAAGGCAUUGUGUGUCUGACGGCUGUUGUGCAUAUUAUUUUGGUUGUCAAUAAAGGUAAACAUCGGAGCUCGAAAGUGAAGGACGUGGCAGCCGCUGUUCACAGGAAGCUGAAGACAUUCAUGGAAAUCACGUUGGAAGAAGACAGCGUGGAGAGGUUUCUCUAUGAGUCAUCGUCAAGGACCCUGGGAGAGUUCCUGAGCUCAUAGCCAAGCCGCAGCCCUGGCCAGGUGGGAGAGAACAAGGACGCACAGAGGCCACGUGGAGUCGCUCGCUGUUGACGUGAGCGGCAACGGCCACAUAAUGGGGUGUGCAGGUGGGAGGGUCUUUUGGGGGUGUGAGCGGGCAGCUCUGAGGUUCUACACUUUGGCCCGGUGGUCACGUCCUUGACACAAAGGGCUCCAGGUCAGCGGCACAGAAGCCACGGGGCAAAGCCUUUCGCAAGACACCGGGUUGUUUCGGAGACACCUGUUUGUGCACAGUGUUGCCUGCCUGCCUGACGCUCGCAGGCAUGCUCUGCAUAAAGACAGGGUGAGCUCCCUCUUCGUCCUUUCACCACGCGGGGGUUCCGAGGCAGUGCAGGCACAGAGCCCGCUCACCUGUGUCCUUGCGCUCAAGCUGUCGCUGGGCUGUGGCCCACCCCCCGCAGGCUACCAGCAGCCUGUCAGCUCGGCCCUAAGGGGCGGUGGGCACAGAGGCCUGUGUCCUGGGCACCCACUGCAAGGGCAGGCAUCAGCCCAGGUGCAUUCUGUCUUCUGCCCCAAGCAAAAAAGUAUAGAAACCCCAAUUUUCCCAUGCUUCUGUCACUAAGAAGGCACAGAAAAGGACCAAACACUUACUGGAGCUUUGAGCACUAGGGUGGGUUUGCUGAGGGCUGGGGCGGGGGUGUGAGCAUGCAGCUUUGUGGGCAUCGUCUGUCUAAGCCAGGUUCUGUGUUUGUGGACGAGGCUGGCACAGGCGAUAGCUCUGCCGUCGGUAGCGCAGCCACUGGGAAGCACCUAUGCCAGUGUAGUAAGACUGAAGAUGAGCUGGUUCCGUGAUGGGAGCCACUCCUCUCCCUCUGCGACUCCUUCUCUCUGACCCGGGAAUACAAUCCGACGCGUCAGUGGGUGCCUUCUCGCCUGCACAGACGCACUUGCACCUGGGUGUGACCACGCACCUAAGUGCUUCGCCUGCAGCGGUCGUGAACGUGCCCAGCACUUCCCGGACGUGCUGUGUCUGCACUGAUGUUCUGCCUGGACGCGGCUGUGCCGACUGGCUGCCACUUCGGAUUGUGGAGUAGGGCCGUGCCCUCAGGGGGCGCAGCUUUGAGCCCGUCCACACACCGUUGUUCAAGCCCCGGCGCCUCUGAGGCACGCGGACAACCAGGCUUAGCCCUCGGUCGAGAGCCACACUUUGCAGCGGUCUGAGGGCUGAGGCCCUGCAGCCUGGUCCUGACGUUCCACUUAGCAGUUCCACUCACCAUGCUGCUCCCGCUUCCACACCAGCGUCCCUUGCACCAGGCUACCCGGAGGGCCCAGGCGCUGCCCAUCUCCCUCGUGAGCCUCUGUCACGGAGACAGUCUUCCCGCCCUUGAGACUCGGUGGAGAGAUCCGAGGAAAAGCGGGGUCAGAUGCACUGGUGGCCAGAGGCACUGCCAGCGCCGGGGUUCCCCUGGUCUGCUGACGCAAAGUGGGGCUGAAUUGCGCCUCUGAGUACAGGCGGCUGAUAGGUGACCAUGGCCCUCGCGGGGGCACGUCAGCCCUCCAUCCGUGGGGCGUUACGAUGCUUGAACAAAGUUGCUAUGAGCAUCAGGGGUACAGGCCUUUGGGGGGUGUUUUGGGGGGUGGUUUUCUUGAAGUGGAGUUGAUGUGUGGUAUGUUUCACUUCUUCACGAGCUCCCGGCCCUUCCAGAGGAGUCACAGCAGAAUGUGCUUCCCGAGCCCGCUGCGUCCGCCCCGGGCGCGCACUGCAGUGUCUGACUGCGCUCCUUGGGCGCGCGCGGUAGCUGGUGCCACGGGACGUGCGUGUGGGUGAAACGCCGAAUCAGCUCUGGUGUGACGGUGGAUGGAUCUUGUGCUUGAGCGGGCGGAUCCUUGUGCUGCAAACACAGCCUCUGCUUGGCCACAGCACGUGGCCUGGUUGCCUUUGAAAGAGCAGGAGUUUGAAAUUUUAAUGAACUGUAGUUUAUACCUUUAUAGUUUGUGCUUUCUGUGUCCUGUUUCAGUGCGUGUGAGAGUGAGUGUGUGUGACGCACGCUUUAUCUUGGCUUGCUCAGUUACCAGUGGAGCUUGCUGCCUGCCAGUGAGAAUCCUGCUCCCUUCCUCCCUGCGUCUCUUGCUCUUGGUGUUCGUCUUCCCUUUUUCUCUGCGCCUAGAAGGUCAGCUCUCCUGUUUAUCUUGAGGUAAUUUUUGUGUGUGGCAUUUGGUAAUGGUUGAUUUUUGUUUUUACCAUAUGGAUACCUAGUGGCCUCAGCACCGUUAGAAUAUGAUUUUUUUUUUAAUUGCUGGCUGGGCUCAGAACUUUAUCAUCCCCUUGGCUGACGGAGGCACUCUCGCCUCAGGAUGCUGCCGCCCCGGCCUUCCUGCAGCUCCCUCCCCAUCCGUUUCAGCUCAUCCUGCCCUGUUGCUCCUCAGCUGCCACUUUCCUCCCCUCCUGCACCCAGGGCCCCGGGUCAUUGUGGGGCUUGGCUCCGCAGACCGCGAGGAGCAGGGCAGAGCAGUGACCGCGCUCGGUGAGUGGAGAGACCUGCACAGGCGGCACCACCUUGUCCCUGCGGCUCACACCAGAAGCAACAGAAGAUAGUGUUUUCAUUAACUGUUCGGCGUAUCUCACCCUUACUUCCGUCUAGAUCAGCAGUUUUGCCCCCUUUGGGCAAGGGGGGGCGGGGGGUUGUUGCCAUCCCCGAGUGAGGGGAUGACUCUGCACUCGGACUGCACCCCAGGUGCAGGCAUCGUCAUGGGGAGACCCCGUUCUGGCAUCUUACUCAGCCUGUAAUCUGUUUUACUUCAUUUUUGCAUGUGGCGUGAAGUCUCGGUACCCUUUUAUUCCGCCCCCUGCAUGAUUCCCUGACUGUUCCCGCACCCUUUGCUGGCGUUUCCCUUUCCCCACGAGAGGACCGUGCGCGCCGUCAUCAGCUGUCCGCACGCGUGGGCGUGUUUCUCACCACUGACCAGUCUCCUGUGUAUUUCAGAGCAUAGGACACGUCCUCCCUCUGCUCCUCCCGCAGUGCCUUUGUCUCCUGUGCAUGUUUAGAAUGACUCGAUUUCUGCAGGAGAGAAGAAUGGAGGAGGUUUUGCUUGGGAUUGCCUUGACUCUGUAGAUGAGUUUGUGGGGAAUCUGAACUUCAACAAUAUUGAUGAUGAUUCUGAUCCAUGACCAUAGUCUAUAUUGUAAGGAAUUCUUUUUCUCUCUUGAGUAUUUAAAUUUUAUUUUGAUUUAAAUUAAACAUUUUUAGGAAUUUCUUUAACUUCAGUAAGAUAUUGUUAUUUUCAGAGCACAGGUUUUCCAUAUAUUUUACCAAACGUAUCCAAAUAUUUUUUAUGUAUUUUGAAGCUAUUGUAAAUAGUAUUUUAAAUAGUAGCUAUUGUAAAUAGUAGUAUUUUUACAUUUUAAAUCUCUAGUUCAUACUAGUAUUUCGGUAGCAUUGUCUUUGUUGGUUUUUACCUACUUUAAAAAACUCACUGGUGAGUUGUGGGAACCUAUUGCUAGAUCCUCAGGACUCUGCGACUUCCAUCCUCCUCGGGACGCGCUGUCCUGCCCUCACUCCCCACCUGUGGGUGUCUCAGAUUACUGGCCUCUCUGCACAGUGGAACCGGGUGGAGGGAGCGUUUCCUGUUCCCAGGGACUCCUGAGCAGGAGCAUUUUGGUCCUCACUGUUGGUGCAAACUUCGGGUUGUAUGUAUAUGCUUCUUAUCAGCACAAAGUUUCUAUUCUUAGUUUUCUGAGAGCUUUUGUCAGGAAUUGGUAUAGAAUUGUAUCAGAUUCUCUUGAUGCCUCUAUUAAAUAUAUCUGCCUCAAAAAUAUUGUUUCCUCAUGAACAGUGUAAUUGUCCUUUAUUGCUCCUCUCCGGUGUGCUGUCAUCAUCAUCAUGCACUUUACUUCUACGUAUGGUAUUCAUCCCAAGUAAUCUUCAUUAAUUUUGCUU